UCGCUGACAAUCAUGUCAUUAGUGAAGGUUUUUCAGAGCAAUGCCUCAAGACCUUACCUGCCAUCCCCUGGCCUAUACCACCCGCCGAGACUAAGGUCCGCCGCGAUGUCAAUGGCCCUGAAACCCGUGUAUUUACCUUGAACCGCGACUUUAAGCAUGCUGUCAUGGAUGUAGCGGUAUCCGUCACGAGAAUUAGCAAAGAUAUCUUCGAAAUUGGAGUACACGCUGCUGACGUUAGCUAUUUCGUCAGACCCAAGACAGCGGUUGACAAAGAAGCUCGAGACAGGGGAUUGCUGGUACGACUAGUCGACAAGACAAUUUCGAUGCUUCCUGAAACUCUGCACAAGAACCUCUGUAGCUUUAGAGCUGGUCGAAAGAGAUUGGGGUUUUCAGUGAUUUGGACAAUGAAUUCUGAUGGACACAUACAUGAAACAUGGUUUGGAAAAACUGUGCUCAAAUCAUGCGCCCAGUUUAGUUUUGCUCAAGUUCAGUCCGUCAUCCAAGGAAGCACCUUAUCUGAGUCUAUCAAGCUACAUGACUGUACUGCGAGUGGUAUGGAAGAAGCACUACGUUCGAUGUCUUCACUUGCCAUUUCAUUGCGACAACGACGAUUGGGCCUGAAUAAAUCAGCUACCGGUCAAAAGACAAGGCUGACUUUCGAACUCAAUGCAAAUGGAUUCCCGGAGGCGCUCUCUACUACCAGCCAUUGUGAAGCACAGGACGCAUUACAAGAACUCUGCAUCAUGGCUAAUGUGAGUGUUGCUCAAAAGAUCACGAAACAUUUCCCGGAGCAUGCUUUGCUCAGAAGACAAGACCCUAUCAUAGAUACAUUAUUGAAAUCGUUUGCGCCUGAUGAACCCAAUUUAGAUAUGCAUUCCUUCAGCAAGGAUGCAUUUGAAGCUGCUUUGCUUGGUAUUCAUGACGUAGAAGAGCUAGGACUACUUCGAUUUUUGGCGGCUAAAUCAGCUCGCCCAGCGUUGUAUUUUGGAGCCGGUACAACCGACAUUAACAAAUAUUUUCAUCAUGGACACGGCGUUUCACUCUACACCCAUUUUACUUCACCUGUUUGUAGGUACGCCGCCAUUGUAGUACAUCGGCAGCUGGAAGCAGCUUUGAAGCAAGAGAGGGAGUGGCAUAGUGAUAAGGAGGAGGAUGAGAAAAUUAUAAUGCAUUGUAAUGUUAGGGAAAAUGCUUCACGCAAUGCUGCAGAGCAAAGUUCGCAUCUAUACUUAUGCUCAUACCUCAACCGACAAAACUUAAUUGCCUCCCACCUUCAUCAAACCGCUACGGUGUUCUGUGUCCAAGAAGAUAGCAUCGACGUCUACAUCCAUGCAUAUGAUCUUCGACAGCGCAUCUUCCUUGAUGACAUUUAUGCAGAGCAUACCUACGACCCCACUACAGGCACUAUCACUCUAACAUGGUCGAUGGAGGACCAUCGGUUCGGCGCUGGUGAUGACGAGCUGGUUCUCGAAGAUGUUGAAGCUGACCUACCCAAAAGUCAUUUGCACUCAUCAACAGAAAAUACACACGAUGUCAUAGUAGCUUUGGAUAAUGUACAAACAAUCUCUCGCCUUGCGGAUAUCGAAGUGUCCAUGUCAGUUGACAUGAAUGUAUCACCACCUGUCAUUGUCGUCGAUGUGGUGAAUUCUUUUUUUAAGCAAGUUUAAAAAUGUCGUUUAUGUAGCAAUAUUUACAAAAUAAACAAAGAAAUGCAAUUGUGGUAUGGGUUCCUAAGAAGGACGCUAACGUCUAUUGAUGGAGAGCUAACUCAUCUGUCGUGAGUGGCACAACACUUCGAUCAUACUUUAGGUAGUAUUGACUUUGGAUAUGCCCAGCAAUGUCCUGAAUGUCCGUUAUAUCGGCUUCAAAUAGCUCCCACCAUUGCGCUCCAGGUUGGGUAGGAAGUUUAAUUUGAAGUUCCCUGCAGGCUAACCAAAUAGAUGCGCAUGCUAUAGUAGGGGGAUGGUAUGCAACAUAGAUGACGGUUCGCAAACUAAACUUGAAACGUUAGCAUCACAUUACUGGA